UCAACUCGGAAGUUUAUGCCAGUAACUAGCUAGCUUCAUUUGCGGUGUCGAAAACGCCAGUUAACUGACUUUUUUGGAUUAAACUGUUGUUUGUACCUAUGCAAACAGUUUAGUGAAUACAUUUAGCAGCUGUUGAAACAGCGCUCUGUCAUGAUGACUACCAUAGUCCAUGACACCACUGAGGCAGUGUGCCUGUGUCAGGAGUACAACUUGUUCCUGAAACCCAUCGCUAAGGUGACGGUGAGUGUGGCACUGCCCCAGCUGAAGCUUCCUGGGAAGAGCAUAUCUAACUGGGAAGUGAUGGAGAGGGUAAAAGCCAUGGUGGCUCCUGAACAGUUCUCUGCCCUCAGGAUCUCUAAGAGCACCAUGGACUUCAUCCGCUUCGAGGGGGAGGUGGAGAACAAAGGAGUGGUGAAGAUCCUGUUGGCCAAACUUGACGGGAAGAGCAUCAAGCUCAGUGGCUUCACUGAUAUACUGAAGGUUCGUGCGCUGGAGAAUAAAAUGGACUUCCCCACACGUUACGACUGGGAUUCAUUUUUCCGUGAUGCGAAGGACAUGAAUGACACGGUUCCAGGGGAGAGACCAGACACCAUCCACCUGGAGGGUCUGCCCUGCCGCUGGUUUACCCAGCCCGAAGGGCCCCCCGACCGGCCCUCCGAAACCGCCCUGCGCGCUGUCUUUCAGGGCUUUGGGCCAGUGCGUCACGUAGACAUUCCAAUGCUGGAUCCAUACAGAGAGGAGACUCUGGAUAAGAACUUCAACACCUUCACCUUUGGCGGCCAUCUUAACUUUGAGGCGUACGUCCAGUACCAGGAAUACGAUGGCUUUGCCAAGGCCAUGGACACACUGAGAGGCAUGAAGCUCAUGUACAAAGGAGAGGAUGGCAAGGCUGUGGCCUGCAACAUUAAGGUGACCUUUGACACCAGUAAGCACCUGAGUGAUGUGGCUGUGAAGAAACGCCAGCAGGAACGACUGAAACUCCAGGAGCUGGAGAGACAGAGGGAGGAGCAGAAACGCAAAGAGAAGGAGGAGGAGGAAAAACGCAAGGAGGAAGAGAGGAAACAGAAGGAGGCAGAGGAGGAGGAAAAAGAGAGGAAGAGGGAGGAGAGGAUACGGAAACGUGAGCAGAAGCUGAGAGAGCGGGAGGAGAGGCGGACUCUGAAGAAGGUGAAGAAGAGGCAGGAGGAAGAGCAGAAGAAGCUGCAGAUGAAGAUUGCAUCAGAGGAGAGAAGGCUGUUGUUGGCUCAGAGAAACCUGGAGUCUAUACGUCUAAUGGCUGAACUACUGGGCCGGGCCAAGGCUCAGAAACAGCAGCAGCAGGAGAAGGAGAGAGCGGAGAGAGAGAAGCAGGAGAAGGAGGAGUUAGCCAGGCAAAAGGAGGAGUUGGCUCGACUGGAGCGGCUUGAGGCCUGCAGACGGGAGCAGGAGGCGGAGCUGCGACGUGUGGAGUUGGAGAAGGGGCGUGCCUUGGAUCUGCAGCGUCGAGAGAGAGAGCUGCGGGAGAGACUGGUUGGUAACCUGCUGAAGAAGGCUGGGGGUGAGGGGGAGAGCCUGACCACCACCACCCAGCCCCCGGCCCCGACGAUGCCCAGGGGAGACUGCUCUGACCCGGGAAAGACGGGCAGGGCCCUGGAGGUGAACGGCGUCAGAGAGAGGGGGGAGGAGAGACCCAGAAGUUCCAUACGACCGCACGUCGCUGAGAUGGGGGAGAGGGAGGAGAGGCGACUAGGCAGGGAAGACAGGAGAAGUGGCAUGGAGGAGGUGCGAGGGUACAGGGAGAGAAGCAGAGAGGUGAGGGAGAGGCGUAGAGAGAGGGAGAGGAGUCGUUCCCACAGCCGGGGCACGAGGAGGAACGACCAUAGCAGGAGAAGAAGCUCUAGCAGAAGGAGGAGUGAAAGUCGGAGGAGAAGAAGCGAAAGCAGACAGAAGAGAACUUCUAGUUCAAAGAGGAGAGGGAGAAGUGAUAGCAGGAGGAGGAGUGGUAGUCGUAGCCACAGGAGACGCAGUCCCAGUGGACGGGGCCACACAAGCAGGAGCUCCAGCCUUGAUUGGAGCAGAAGCUCUAGUGGGAGGAGCCACAGCAGAGGAAGGGGGAGGCAUAGAUAUAGUCGACAUAGAGACAGCGGGAGCAGAUCUGGUAGCAGCAGUUCUAGGAGCAGGAGUGGAGAGAGGAGCAGGGAGAAAGACAAGAGUAGACCCAGGAGUAAAGACUGUAGUAGAGACAGAAACAGGGAGUCCAGGAAGCGUAGCAGCAGUCGUUCUCAUUCCAGACGGCACUGAACUGGGAACAGCCAGGUGAUGCAGCAGGACCUGGUGACUGUUACUGAUGACCAGUCAGGGAGGGCAUGAUGUCCACUGGUUCUCUGGACCUUUUCUGCUUCCCCCAAUUCUCUUCGUUAAUCUGCAGUCAGUUGAUUCAAUGACUAUAAGGUUAAAUAAUGCUUUACUUCUAUUAGGUUCUAUUUGACCUGUAGUGUCAAAUCCAUAUUUACUGUUGACUGAAAAAUGUUUUCCCAUGUAAAAAGAUGCCCAAAAGAAUGUGUGGUUUAAUGAUCACACUGAAUUGCCUGGUUUGUGUUUCAGUACAGUGUUUUUUUCCCGGGAGCAGGUGGGGGAGUGGAAUUGGGGUGGGGGGGGGGGGGGGGUUCUGGGUACUGUAGUUCAGUGUUGCUGGGAUGCAGGGAUCUGUAGUCCUAUGUAGACCAUAGAGUGGGGUGCAGUAACUGGACAGCUGUAGUUCAAGUUUGUUUUUAACCCAAAUACGAAGACCACCGAGCCAAAGACCACCACCAAUGAGUUGCCCGGACACAUGAAUCUGACCAGAAGAGACGGUUUUAGUUUUAACUUAGUUAUUAUAGAGGUCACUGUAGUUUAAAGACGAUUCUGUACGUUUUUUUAAGAUGGGUGUUUUGAUGACAGAGUUGUUGGGGGAUCAGUGAGUUAAACCCACCCCCCACCCCCACGACAGGAGCCUAUUUUCAGAGUGUUCGUUAAUUGUAUGCUGUUUUUUUCAGUUAAAUCCAGGAGCCUGUUUGUCUGUGUAUGAGACAAAUGUCAUUGCCUUACUGAUAUAUGCAGAGCGGAGUGUGUGGUACGUUGUAUAUUAUGAGUAGUUUAAACGUUAGGGUUCCAGGAGGCUGUAUUGUAUAUAUUCUCAUUCUUCUGCUCUGCCGGGCAUCUGCAUGUCCUCAACACUGUCGUUUUGUUUGUUGAAAUAAAGAAUCUGAAAAAUUA